UUCAAAAUAACGUAUUUGUGGUUUGUUUUAAACAGUGUUUUCCUCAGUCUGGUGAAAGCUGCAGAUUUAGAUGAUGUUCUGUCACGGCCUGGAGCAUGGACUCUCUUUGUUCCAACUAAUGAUGCCUUCAAAGGUUUGACUGAUGAUGAUAAGGCUGUAUUGAUAAGAGACAAAAAUGCUCUCAGGAACAUUCUCCUUUACCACCUGACACAAGGAGUUUUCAUUGGAAGUGGCUUUGAACCUGGUGUGACAAACAUCCUUAAAACUAUCCAAGGAGGAAAACUGUACUUGAAAAUAGUGAAUGAUACUCUUCUGGUUAAUGAACUGAAGUCAAGAGAACCUGAUCUCAUGGCAACCAAUGGUGUAAUUCAUGUUAUUGAUAAACUCCUAUAUCCAGCAGAUCUGCCUGUUGGAAAUGAUCAGUUGCUCACAAUUCUGAAGAAGCUGAUCAAGUAUAUUCAAAUCAAGUUUGUUCGUGACAGUACCUUCAAAGAGAUUCCACUGACGUUUUACAAAAUUAACAUAAUUGAAAGCAACGUGCAGCCUAUCAUCAGAAAGGAAGGUAAACGGGGCCUUCCAAUAUAUAUAUCUGUAUAUGUUCAAAUAUGUAUACAUAUACAGAAUAUAUAUUGUAUUUAUUUAACUGAAUAUAUUUUGUACUUAAUAACUCCAGGUUGUUCAGUACUUUGCUGGAAAAGCAAAGAUACAAAUAUUGUGAUUAGAACUGGCUGAAAUGUUUUAUAUGAAAAGAUUUCCCACAGUUAUUCUCCCCAGAUGGAUUUUUUUUUUUCCCAUGGGCAUUUUACAAACACAUUAUUUAAUACAACAUUUUUUAAAAAGCAUGCCUUUUAAAUGCCUUAAUGUUACUCUACUUUAUAUAAGUAUUACUGUACUUAAAGUAUAAAGAAAAUUGGAUUCUGCAAUUGAAACAUUUUUAAUGUUUUUGUAUUAGUUAUUUUAAAAGAUUUGUUACACAUUGAAGUACAACCAACUAACCAAACAUUAAAAGCAAUAGUUAAUUUCUUUAUAGAUUUCAAUCAGUUCUAAAUACCAAUAUCUGUCAAAUGCCUGGAAAAGACAGUUAGUCAAACUGUUUUUCUCAAAUCAAAAGCAUGUUUUAAAGAAUAGAUAAGUCGUGUGACUGUAGAGGACAAAAAGUGGGGCCAGAACUAUUAAAAACACUUGUAUUUCAUAGCUUAAAUAAAACAUCCCUUAGUUUCACUAAACCAGUGACCAUGCUUAUUUACUCCAGUUUCCUUCUAAAAUGACAACGCUCAAAAGGAAUCUGGUGGAGGUUAACUGAGAACAAAGGCAGUCAGAAUAUCUUGCAGAAUGUUCAUGCAAACUGAUUAGCCAUUGUUUCUGUGAAAACUCCCAUCCACCAGAAGUGAUGAGUUUGCUUGUUCUGUGUUUUGUCCCACCUAGCAUUAGAUACUAUCUUAUAUAUUUAUAUAUGUAUAUGCUAACGCUUGUUUCCUAGUCUCUGUUACGAAAUCAGAGCUACAGAGAAAUAGAAACAUGAAAUUGAUUCCAUAUAUUGUAAUUUGACCAAAAUAUUUUAGAGAUCUUCAUAAAAUGAAGGUGAAUUACCUUCUGGAGGUACCUGCUCUUCUAUAUUAAAUCCUAAGCUAGAGCAGAUAAUUUUGGCAAUUUAGUAUAGUUUGAAAGAUGAGGAAAAAAAUAAGAAAAAAAAUGAAAUGUCCGAGCACUUCUCUGCAAAUGUACAACUAAGUGCUAUUCACCAAAGAGGCAUAAAAUAUUUUCACAUGUUAGUGAGCAUUGAACUGUCACUCCUUACUGCUGUCAGUAGAAUAUUCCUGCUUUGGGAUACUAUUCAAAGAAUGAUCUCUGGCCAACAAAAUCUGCCUAAUAAUGAUUCAGAUGUAGUCCCAGGAGAGUCAGUUCAGGCCCUUUAUAGCUUGCUUGCAAUAACAGCAAUGAGUAGGAGCUCCCAUCACAACCACAUAUGCCCACAAUUGUCUGUGUAAAAAGUUGCACGUUAUAUUUUGCAAUAUAAUGUCUGUACGUUCCAGCAAAAAAUUAUGGCAGGAAGAUUUCAU